AUGGAUUCCCCCAAGUACUCAUCCUUCACAAUCCUGGAGACGACGUACAAAGUCGUCUCCAACCACGCCAUCAAUGUCUACACCCUGAUCCCCAAGACCGUCCUAUCAUCGACAUCACCCUCGCCCUCGCCACGGCCUAUAAUAGUCAAGUUCCACGGCGGCUUCCUGAUCACCGGCACGGCGCUGUACGCCGACUGGUUUUCGGACUGGCUGGUCGAGUACGCGCUGCUUCAUUCCGCGGUGGUGGUGUGUCCCAACUACCGGCUCGCGCCCGAAGCCACCGGGUCAGAGAUCAUGCAGGACCUGCGCGAUUUCUGGACGUGGCUUGCCACAUCCUUCCCAGCAUACCUCGCGGCCGCCUCGCCAGGUGUCGAGGUCGAUUUGGGCCGGGUGCUGUCCACGGGCGAAAGCGCCGGCGGGUACCUGUCUGUGCAGAGCGCGCUGGAUGCGGCUUCACCUUCGGCUUCCCCUUCGCCGGGGAUGAUGAAGAUCCGCGCCGCGAUCGCGCUGUAUCCCGUCCUGGACCUGAAGGCGCGGUUCUACACCGAGGAAUACAGCACCCCCAAGGUCGUGCUGGGCGCGCCCACGAUCCCCAAGGAAGUCAUGGCGGCGCACCUCGCCUCGAUCGAAGAGGAUGCCAAACACGGCAGGCCGCGGAGGGUGAUCAGUUCAGCCACCCCUCCCGAGAGACUGCCGCUGUGUCUCUCGAUGGUUCAGCAGGGACUGAUGACGAAACUACUCGGCGACGAGAAGAUCCUGUUCCCGCUCGAGAGACUCGACGACAUCCUCCCCACGGGUGCCGAGGCGGUUCCGCCCAUCUUGAUCAUUCACGGGCGCGAUGACAGCGCAGUCCCCGUGGAGGGAAGCGAGAAGUGGACUGCAAAAGCCCGAGAGAAGCUUGGGGAUGACAAGGUCAUGUUGGUCGUGCAGCCCGGCGAGCAUGGCUUUGACACGGCAGAGAAUGGCGUCACUCUGGACACGGCCUGGUUGAAGGAGGCGUUGGGGCCCGUUACCGCGGCCUGGUUGGGGACCACUACGGCGUAG